AUGUCUUCCAAAGAUACAGAUGUCGCAAAGAAGACAGCCAUCGCCUACGCCACAGAAUGGGGCAAAAACCCCCUUCCCCCGAUGGCAACCGCAACCGUGAUAACUGCCCUCCACGCGCGCCCAUUCCAACCACUCCCAUUCGCAUUCGCACCAGUCCUCCUCUUCAGCACCUACCUAAACCUCUCGGACUACAAAAUUGACUCUGCGGGCAUCACCGCGGCCUGGUCCGGUCUUUACCUACUGCUUGCGAGGCGUAGGAAGGUAAAGGGUACGAGUUUUGCAGGGAGGAUGGGCUCGAAGUUUGGGGCAAGGGGGUUGACGAGGGGAGCUGCUAUGGGGUUGGCGGGUGUUAAUGUUGUUGGGUGCGGAAUCACUUAUGCGUUUGGGAAGAGGAGUACCGAGGCGGAGGAGAGCGCACCGUAA